AUGAACUUGACCAUUGCCUUCCUUCUUCUUGUCACCCUGACUGCGACCUCACCUUUCUCGUCGGAUCACUGUACUGGACUACAAGCGGACUAUCAUUUCCUGGAUUACCACAAAGUCGAGACAGGGGGAAAGUCUAACCCUGACCGAAUGGGGGACUUUGAUUUCUGCCUUCCAGAAUCUCGGACCCUACUACGCCAUUCCCUUGUACCCCGGCUCACUGAUAACGAAUACUGGGAACUUUUCAUCCGAGAUAAAGACCUACACCGCAUCGGGUCAGCUGCCCUUACACUUGAUCACUCGUUUUACCGGCUGAAAUGUUAUAAUGGAACUUACCUUCUUUAUAGCAACGGAGAAGUCUCACGGAGCCCUAAUUGGACCGAGAACGAGGUAGGGGGAGCCUCCCAUGUGUAUACGGACUCAAACCACCCCUCCGAAAACUUGAUCUUCGGGUUCCAGUGUCUCCUCACGACCCCGAAACCCCAGAAGCCCCAACUCCAAGGGCUCUGCCUGAGACGGUUCUGCUGCCUGUGGAACCUUGGAGUCACUCAUGAGUGGAAGGGGGCCGAAUACCUAGAAGGGUGGCACCAUCCCGUACACCCCUCACGCCCCCCCUCGUGGGACCAUGUUGGGCCUCUAAGGUGUGGCGGCAUUGCCAGAGAUAGGCGACUCCUCAACACCACCGACCCACUCCACCCAUUAGGUACAGCACCCCGACAACUCGGCGCUGACCCUGCCCUCCCAGGGGAAGACCUUCUUUCCUCCUGGGAACAAAACUCCUACAUCAAGCUCCUCAGUCAAGUCGCUAAGGAAGCACCCUACCCCGAUUGUUGGAUUUGCGCUCAUGCACCCAGUCACCUCCAACAAAGUCUGCCCCUGGUCCCGGUGCCAGUGACAUUGGAGCAAUUUCGUUCCGGAGACGUCACCUCCUGGAACCUAACCGCAUUAAACCUGACUCACCAGUAUCUGUACCUCACCGGCCCCACGAAAGGACCCCUUUGCCGCAGCUUCACCGGAGAAGGGACCUUCAUCGGAUCCAGCACAUGCAAUUCUGACUUGGAAAUCCUAGCCACUGGCCAAGUUACCGUCACUGACCUAGGGGGUUCUCAGACUUUCCCGAACCUCACUAUUGCCUGGGCCACUGUUGUCGGCCACCUCACCCCCCAACUGGAAGCCUCAACUCACGGACUCUAUGCUAUUACAGACUUUUGCAUCUGGGAGAAUGGAGUCCUACCUCAGCGGCUUAUUCUGGGUGUGCGGACACCGCGCAUACACCUGGGUGAGUCCACACAUGUCUGGGUCCUGUUUCGUAGGGUACAUCGUCCCCGGAAUCAGAGUAGUCCCACAUCUACCCCCCGGGAGACAGAGGAAUAAAAGGGACCAAAAGGGGCUGUCGGACCUCUCAGACGUUGCUGCAAAUGGAGAAACUGUAGGCCGUGCCCUCUUUCCCGCCUAUGGGGCAGGAUCUAAUCAUGUAGACAUUCUUCGACUUACUGACAUCCUCCUCAAAUUCAUGCAGGAAGCAACCCAGAUCACGGAUUCCUUGAUGUCCGAACUGUCUGAGGUAAGGCAGCUCAGUUUGCAGACCAGGAUUGCGACGGACUUCUUGCUGUCCAGUCAAGGAGGGACAUGUGCCCUGAUAGGCACUGAGUGCUGUACACAUGUGACCGAUCAAUCCUUAAAUAUAACUGGACAUUUAAAUAACAUCCAUGAGCUAGCAGGGAGGCUACAUGAUAUACAGCAUGAGGGGCUAUUCGAUGUGGACUUGUGGGGAUGGCUGCCCAAGCUGGGAUGGCUCCGACAGUUACUGAAAGCCGUAUUUUUUACUGUUUUAGUUGUUGCCCUUUGUAUCUCGAUCCUCUGUUGCGCUAUACAUUGUAUUUCUUCUUGCUGCUCCCUCCUUCGCUGCUCUGCUCAACCUACCUCACUCUCUCUCCGAGCUUAUUCCCGCUCACAGCGCACCCCUACUUUCCCAGAAUAUGUGCAGAUGAGGCAUUUGGGGGAAGGGGAAUACGAGAUUACUGAGAUUUAGAGUGCGGAGAAAGGAUUUGCAAGUUCUUACAGAACUUUGAUGCAAAUCUAUCUCCGAAUGGGGGACUGAUACGGGAAAGGGGGGGUGCCCUCCCUCACCCCUUCUUUGGUGCGUCCGAGGCGAUGACCUCAAGGGCGCCCACCGUACAUUUCCCCCUCAGCCUCUUCAUCGUUGCACAAGCACCACACUCAACCCAAACCCCAAGCUUAAAGUGCCUUUUCUCCCCUUUUUACACGGGCAAAAUAAGCCCAAACUCUCAAGCCUCUUUCUCUCCCUCUCGCUCCAUCUUUUUCAUGAGUUGACCGUGUCAAACUGCGCUCCCAUUUGUUUCACGCAUUUUGUGUAGAGACGCAGUUGGAAAGCUCUCUAACCCUUUGCUCCAACCACCAGUUGUCUCUGUGAAUGCUCCCACAUUGUUGCAACCCCUAGCUGCUUUUAAAAAUACCAUAAUAUUGUUCCCUCCAUCCCAGCCUCUAGAUUUCCAGCCUCUCUCCUCAGAAGUCAUGCCAAAGGUAAUUCCAUUGGCACCUUCCUUUGCCAAAAAUUUGCCUGGGUUGAAUGUAAAUUCCAUGCCACCUUCGGUGGACCACUGCCCGCAAGGGGCUCAGACCACAGUGCAAAAAUUGACUAUUCCAAAUAUGGCAGAAGGAAGCAGUGAAGAAAAAAAUAGCUGACACAUUACCAUUAUUAGCAGUCUGUCCUGUUGUUCAGAAUGCACAGGAACAGAGAGCCCAUGAAUCAUUGCCCUUUGCAGUUUUUAAACAAUUGAAGCGAAGUGUGACAGAAAAUGACUGGAGCAGCUGGGUCUCUGGCCUCCCUGGGCUCUGCCCAGGGGCCUCUCGCAACAGCACUCUGCCCCAGUUUGAGAUCUGCUCUGGAGGGUAGGACUCAAACCCAUGGCUUCAAGUGACAAGAAAGGAGAUUCUGACUCAACAUCAGGAAGAACUUUCUGAAAGUAGGAGCUAUUCAAGAGUGGAACAGUCUCCCUCGGGAGGUUCAGGACUCUCCUUCCAUGGAGGUUUUUAAGCAGAGGUUGGACGCUGUCCGGGAUGCUUUGUUGAACGGCGGCAGCAGCAGCGGUGGGCAAAUUCACAGAGGAGGAGGAGGAGGUGGGUGCUCUAUUCAGGUUGCAAACCGGGGCCCCUCUGACCCCCUCAAGUGGUUCCCUCGAGGGUUGGCCUAAAGCAGAGCCAGGACUCCCCACCCUGGAAAACAAGCCCUCCCCAACGCUCUCCACAAAACCCCCAUUUUACACAACCAGUUUGUUCCCCUAGUGGCCAAGGUUCAGGGUGGUCCUCACCCGGAGUUUCCGCUCCCCCUUCCCGGUUUUGCACCCUUUGCUAGAUAGUGCUGCACAUCAGAAACACCCGCAAGGUGGGGGUGUGGAAAUGCAGCAAGGAGCCAAUGGAAAGCAGGAUGGAGCCUUUUUAAAGAGGAGCAGAUGUCUUCUUGAGUUUAUUCUCCCAACUCUGGAUUCAGCUCGGAUUUCCCCAGGGGAAUUGGAGGAUGCACAGAGGAUGGGGAGAGGGGAGGUGUGGACAGGCCCCCAAACUGUGCAAUUCCCUAAAUAGAAGUUUUCAGAGCCCCCCCCCAUUAGAAAAAGGGCAGAGACGAGAUGUUCCAGCAAAAGUGAGUUUUUAAUUCGUUGUGUGAUCAAUAUCCUUAUUGUUUUAAACACUGAGCAAUUCCACAAAAUAUUAAACACAGUGCGAGGAAAGAAACUGGUCUAUGGCACACGGGAAGAAAAGAAUGAUGAAGGACUUGGCAAAAAGAGAAAGGAAACCAAGGAGGAGAGAGAUGAUCAAGCCUACCGUCACGCCCAAUCAGAUUAAGAGGCUAAUCGCAAGCCAACUAGCUAAUAAAGCUCCAGGAGAAGACAUGAUCCCAAUGGAGAUCUAUAAGAUAAGAUUUCUGGUCUCCCAUUUUUGCAAAAUUGUUUACAUACAUUAACAGCUGAGGUUGCAUACCUGAAGGGUGGAAUUGAGUAUAAUUGCCCCAAUAUAUAAAAAGGGUGAUAAGAAAAACCCUGCCAAUUAUAAACCCAUUAGUUUGUUAGCUGUAGCCUCCAAACUAUAUGCCAGGCUCCUUCUUGGGAGACUGGAAGAAUGGGCAGAUACAAAUAAGGUGAUAUCUGAAGUCCAGGCAGGUUUCCAAAGAGGGAAAUCCACAUUGGACCAGUGCUUUGUGAUGAACUUUCUGCUAUGUAAAUACAUCCAUAAUUUUAAGCAAAAAUUAUAUGUUGCUUUUAUCGAUUUAAAGUCAGCUUUUGAUACGGUCCCAAGACACGCAUUAUGGCAAAAAUUGGAAAAGACAAACAUAGACCCCCGUCUAUUAUUUCUCAUCAAAACAUUAUAUACUGACACAUCAAUACAAGUAAAGGUGGAUCUGGCUGGCCAUCUCACCGCUAGAAUUAAGACCAUUACUGGAGUCAAGCUGGGCUGCAUUCUGGCACCUUUCCUGUUUAAUUUUUAUAUUAAUGACAUGGUUAAAGAACUGGAGGGCCUACAGUUUGCCCCUGUCACAAUUAUUGACCAAAAACUCUCAGUUUUAAUGUAUGCUGAUGACCUAGUACUUGUAUCUAGAACCCAGGUGGGCCUGAGACGGCUGCUUGCAAAAUUAAGUUCAUAUUGCACGAGGAAUGCUUUAUCUAUAAACUAUGAUAAGACGCAGGUCAUUGUAUUUGGGAAGCGUUCUAAAAAGCAUGUUUGGCACCUGGAUGAACACAUCAUAAACCAAGAAAAUACAUUUAAAUAUCUGGGAUUGAUUUAUUCAGAAACGGCAUCUUGGAAUACACAGCUAUCCAAUAUUAAAUUGCAAGCCUUUAAAUCAGCAAAAGCUAUUUUGAAAUUCGCUGCCUGUAAAGGUGGAAAUUUGGUCAACCCAGCUCUAUCUGUGUAUAAAGCAAAAACAAUGGCCCAGAUUCUAUAUGUUGCAGAGGUUUGGGGUACCUCAAAGGUCUCUGGUUUGGAACCCCCACAGAAUUAUUUUUUAAGAGUUCUUUUAGGUUUACCCAAAGAUGUGCAAUCUGCCAUGGCCAGGUUGGAAACUCGCAUGUUGAGUAUAGAGAGCCAAAUACUGUAUUUUUUGCACCAUAACACUCACUUUUAUCCUCCUAAAAAGUAAGGGGAAAUGUCUGUGCGUGUUAUGGAGGGAAUGCCUACGGGUGGCAUGCCUACAGAUUUUCCUCCUCUAAAAACUAUGUGCGUGUUAUGGUCAGGUGCGUGUUAUAGAACGAAAAAUACGGUAGAUAAAAGAAUUCUCUGUUACUGGUUUAGAGUUCAACAGAUGGACAACACUAGGCUACCAAAAAAUGCCUGAUUGAGCUCUCGAAUGGAUUACCGCUUAAAAACUGGGUAUAUCACGCUGCCCAACUGAUGGGCAAAUAUGACCUCUCAGUAACUGAGAUUAAAGAACUUCCCUUAUAUUCCCAGAAAAAUAUCUUUAAACGAACCAUAAGGGCAGUGGCAACUAAAAACGAUCUAAACUCUAUGUGCACAUCUACAUGCGCCCCAUUGUAUUUUAAACUUAGAGAGGCCAAUGAACACAUAUCUUAUUUUAAUGAAUUGACCUUUGCACAACUUCGAAAAGCUUUUACAGAGCUACGACUAAAUACAAUAAGCUCUGCUUAUAGAGAUGGGAGACACAGAGGCAUACCAAAAAACGAACGUGUUUGCAUUAGGGGAUCUUCUGAAGUAGAGGACCUUAUGCAUUAUAUCUUGCACUGUCCUUUAUAUAAUGAUGCAAAAAAAAGAUUUUUGGUACCUAUAAUGACAGGGUCCCCUGGCCAGAACCCCUUUGACAUGAUUUUAUAUCUCCUCGCAGACACAGAUAAGUAUGUGACCUGGCAUGAAGCACUUUUUGCAACUGCUGCUAGGAAAAUUAGAGCAAAUUAUAUAGCCAAGGUAGCCAUUAACUGUAGAGGAGAUGAAUUCAUUUGAUCCUUUCUAUCUACCUCAGGCUAUGCUCUAUCUUUGUCACCAAACUCUGAGUAUAAAUUGCACACUGUAUUAAUUGAUAUUGUUUUUAACAUUAGUGACCAUGUGAUGAUUUUAGCUUAUGAAUUUUCUUGUUUAAUGUUUUUAUUUGUACAUUGGGGUACUUUUAUAACUCUGUUUACGUGUACGUAAUGUUUUAAUAAUAUAAAUGUUUUAAGUCUUUUUUAUCAAUAAAGUAUUUUUUUUUUAAUUGUCAAAUAAUUCUGUGUACAUUGCGGCAGCCUUUGGCUAUGUGCAAUAAAACUGAGACUGAGAUCAAGCCUACGUUACGGACACGGGUUUUCACUGCCCUAAAAAUACAAUCUUUACAAAUCUUGAUUUGCUUUUGGCAACAAUAUCAGGAUUUGGCAAAUAAGAACAAGGAAUUGGAGAAAGAAUUCAAAAGCACAAAACACCUGUGUGGCAGGCAAUCUUUUUUCUUCUCAAAAAAGAAAAACCACCUCUGAAAUCAAUGCAUUUUAAGCUUCUUAAAUUAAAAAGAGAACCUCGGAAAGUACUUAUUUCAUCAGUUUGGCAAAAAGAGAGAAGGGGGCAAAUUGGCACCUUUGGAGAGUCAGGGGGACGUAAGGCCUGGAUCUCCGGAGAAGAGAUGUGGGUUUCUAGGGGGGGUCCCCCUGCUUCGGAGUGGGGUGCUGGGACAGGACAGCCGUGCCCCCCCCCUCCUUCAACUGGAGCAGCGCAGAAGGAAGAGCUUGCAAGCGAGGGGCAGGAGAGCUGGGUGGGGAGGGGUUGCCGAGGAGGAGGCGGCCCUGGGGAGUCUCUCUCUUGCCCCCCAGCCCAGCUGCCCAAACCCCUCUUUGGUGCAGCAAUGGCCCUGGGCAAGCAGGUGGAGAGGGGCAGGGAGCAGACAUUCUCUGGCUGGCAAGCAAGGGGUUAAAGUGCCCCCCAGGGGAGAGGAGGGUUGGCGCACCUGCCUUGGCUUUUUCUGGGGCUCCCGGGGGCUCCCCUCUCUUGCUCCCUCCCAGUUUCGGGCAAGGGCUGGGAAGGGAGGGCCGGUGCUCCCCUAGGACUGUGCGGACCCCCUAGGAGGAGCAAGCCCCCCCUCGCCAAAGAGAUGCAGACAGCUACAAGCAGCAGCGCCCGUCUGCACUGGGAUGCAGCCAGGAAAAGGCAACCACGAGUCACAGCCACCCACAAGAAGAUUUCUUUUACUAUUAAAGGGGGGUGUCCUUCUGGACUCCCAUUGCCUCCCCCCAAACGCAGAGGGCUCCCCCUCCCCACAGAGGUCAGAAGCGGGGAGCCCCAACCCCCCUGCCUCCUCCAUGGGAAGCAGCUCCUCCUAGGGACCCUGGCAGGAUGGGGCCAUUGGAUGUGGCAGGGGUGCCCCCCUGCCCUUGAGCCACCAUAGCAGUGGCACAGCCUGCCCCUCACCCUAUAGGUGAACCACACCCCUCCCUCACUCCCCAUCCUGCUGUCAGGGUCUGGCCCCCCAGGACCCCUCCUGCUCCAACCAUGUGGGUAUGUGGGGGAGCUCCCACUCUGCCCUAGGCCUUGCUCCAGGUUUGUGAUGCAGAGAGAGGCAGCAGAGAGAAGGUGAUUUUUUUUGGGGAGGGAGGCCUGCAGGACCUCACCAGGAGGAAGGCCACUUGAGGGUGGAGCCAGAGAAAAGAACAAGACUCCCCCAGGCCCAAAGGACAGCAGAAAGGGGCCACAUUUGCUGCUUUUGUGGUGUGCAUGCGCCUAUGUCUUGCUCUGGGGACCGCCCCCCCAAAAAAGGUCCAGAGAGGGUCCGGGCUUGAGAGCGCUGGGGUAGAAAGCAAAGGGGAACUGGCUGGGUUCAACUCUCAGGGGUCAGCAGCCCAGCAGGAGGAGGAAGAAAUGCCCAGGGAAGGCUGAAAAGAUCUGGGGGUGGGGGGCUGCUUGAGUCACAGCAAUUAAAAAAGAGACAAAAACAAAGUACUAUUACAAACAUUGUUACAGAAGGAAAAUCGAUAGAGAAACCUGCAGACAUUAGAAAAUGUUUUUAUAAAUAUUAUAAGCAACUGUAUAAAAAAGAAAAAGAAGAUCUAGGGGAAAUCAAGCAAUUUAUAAAGAACUCACGGCAACCCUGACAGAGAAGCGCAACCUGGAGGCGGAGGUGGCCGACCUGCGUGCACAGCUGGCCAAGGUAAAGGGGGGGGGGUUACCACAGCAGAGGCAGAGAGCAUCCUGAGAAGCAGCAGGGAAGGGGCCGUCUGCAGUCAUCUUCAUCCCUGGUUCCCAAUUUCCUGAUCCCAGAAUAGCCCGGCUGCGGGUCAGCUGUGUGCAAGGGCCUCCCUUGUCUCUGGGCUGAACUCCUGCCCAGAGGAGGCGCCUGGAAAUAGCAGAGGAGCUCUCUGGCAGUGGCUCCAGCGGGUUGGGCACCAGGAGCAGCAGUGCCAGCAGUAGCGGCGCCUUCCAGACUUCCCAGCAGGCUUCUGCCAAGGGCAGCAUCAGCAUCGAGGACGUGGACCCAGAGGGGAAGUAUGUUCAGCUGAAGAACCGCUCUGACAAGGUAGGCUGCGGGAAGAGAGGUCUUGGCUCAGAAGCACUGAGGUUUUGGUGAGAAAAAAUCUAAAUACCAAAUAGAAAUCCUGGAAGUAGAGAUAAAAUAUUGUCCAAAAUGUAGGAUUAUUUAUUGGAGUGGGAUACUGUUAUGUACUGAGUUGAAUAGGAUCCAAACUGCAGCAUUCUGAUUGGUCCUAGAACAAUAGGAUCCAAAUUGCAGCAGUCUGAUUGGUCCUAGAACAAUAGGAUUCAGAAUGCAGCAGUCUGAUUGGUCCUAGAACAAUGCAGCAGUAUGAUUGGUUGGCAGGAACCACCCAAUCAUGCUCCAGAUAUAAGUGAAUCCACAACCUGAUUGGCUUACAGUAGAAUUCCAGAAUUAGCCAAUCACGUGCAGCCCAUUGUGUAAAUAAUGUAUAUAAAGCAGAUACUUUGAGGGGACAUUCAUUCAUUCCUCCUCACCACUAUGAGCUGAAUAAAGAGUAUGAAAUCCACUAUCGACUCUGAGUAUAUUUCACUGGCGACGAAGGUGGGAUCCCGCUGAGCUGACUGCCACACACAGCACCGCAGCACCGCCACCUGCCGCACCGCUGCCUCGCACCGUGUAUCCAGGCUUCAGCUCCGGGACACAAAGAACUCGGAAUGGCAACCGAAAGCAGCUUCUCGCCGUUCAACCCAGCAUCUGGAGACUGGGAAGCGUAUGCCUCCCGUUUCACCUUCCUCCUAGAAGCCAAAGGGGUCACCGACAAAGAAGACGCGAAGAAGAGGGCGAUAUUCUUCAGCGUCUGCGGAGAGGAGACAUUUGAAAUCGCCCGGGCUCUCCUUGCGCCUGAAGACGUCGCUACUGUUCCAUACAAAACAAUAAUGGAACAGCUGAAGGGGCACUUUUCGCCGCAGCCCUCAGUGGUGGCUCGUCGAAAUGCCUUCUACGCAAAGCGGCAAGCCCCUGGGGAAACCAUAACUGGGUUUGUGACCUCUCUUCGCCAAGCCGCCCGGUUCUGCAACUUCUCAGAGCUGGAGAACAUGCUUUGUGACCGCCUCGUCGGUGGCCUGAAGGAUGAGAAGCUGCAACGACGCCUCUACGCUAAGAAGGACCUAACGUUCCAGGUCGCUCUGGAGGAGGCCCUGGCAACGGAAGCUGCCAAGAGGUCAACGCAAGAGGCACGGCCGAGCCUGCCAUCCCAACCAAGGGUCCACCACGAAGACCUCACUGACGACUCAGGAUCUGACAGGGAGGAGGUGCACCAAGUACAGCAGCGCACUCAAGCAGCCCACAUACCACAGCUGCCUCGACGAGAAGGAGGGAACUGCGCAAGCUGCGGGGAAAGUCACGAGAGGAGGACCUGCCGGUUCCGCAACGCAGAGUGCAGGCAGUGCAGAAAAUCGGGACACAUCGCCCGGGUGUGUCGAGCUCGGCCCACCCAACGCCAGGCAUCAGAUGACCAAUCCAAGAGCCCCAGGUCCUGGGGCCCAACACACCAAGGCAACUCGACGGAGCUCACGGACUUCCAGGUAUACCAGUUGCCCCACCCCAACGUAGAGAAAAUUUAUGUAGAGGUACAGAUAGAGGGGGCCCCAUGCCGCAUGGAGCUUGACACGGGUUCAACUCUAUCCAUAAUCUCGGCAAGGACCUUAAGGAAACUGGGGGUCCCAAACUCAGGCCGGCCCCAUUCACCCUCCGGGACUUCCAGAAAUGUAAGGUCCCCACAAUGGGGGUGGGGACCUUCAGGGUGCAAUACCGAGGGCGGACGCGGCAACUGGACUUGCUUGUGGUCAAGGGCCCCUACAUUAGCUUACUGGGAUUGGCAUGGUUUGGACCACUGGGGCUAGCCAUCACUGGGGUGAACCACACUACCUUACAAGUGGACGUGGACGCCAUAUGCAAGGAAUUUCCAGGGGUUUUCGAUGGGAAAUUGGGACAGUAUACGGGCCCCCCCAUUGCUCUACAGCUUGACCCUGCAGUACGACCGGUCAGGCUCAAGGCCCGCCGGGUCCCGUUCGCCCUGAAACCCCGUAUAGACGAGGAAUUGGACCGGCUCGUGGAGCAAGGAGUGCUGGAGCCGGUGCCUAAUGCCCCCUGGGAAACCCCAAUCGUCACACCCGUCAAGCCUAAUGGUUCAGUCCGCAUCUGCGCAGACUACAAAUGUACCAUAAACAAGGCCCUCACGGCCCAUGCAUACCCAGUGCCAGUGGUCAGCCAUGUCCUUGCCACCCUGGCUGGGUCGAAAAUUUUUGGCAAGCUGGACUUGGCCCAAGCAUAUCAACAGCUGCUGCAAUUUGGAUCCUAUUGUUCUAGGACCAAUCAGAAUGCUGCAGUUUGGAUCCUAUUCAACUCAGUACAUAACACCUACAAAGGAUGAAUUAGUAAAAGAAGUGAUGAUAAAGUGGGCGAUGAAUUUUGGUUAUAAUAUCGAGUAUGAUAGAUGGGUCAAACUCUAGAAUGAAGGUAUACAAUUUACAGUGUGUGUUACUUUAAGAGAAAAUCUAGCAAAAAUGAUGUAUAGAUGGUAUAUCACCCCAGUAAAAUUGGCAAGAAUGUAUGAAUUAAGGAGGAAAACCUGUUGGAAAUGCAAUUUGAAAGAAGGGGAUUUAUAUGUGGUGGAAUUGUGAGAAGAUGAAAAAAUUCUGGGAUUUGAUAUAUAAUGAACUAAAGAAGCUCUUUAAAUACACAUUCCCGAAAAAGCUGGAGGCUAUGUUAUUGGGCAUAAUAGGGGAGGAAAUUAAAAAAGAAGACCGAAAACUAUUUCAAUACGCUACAGCAACAGCCAGGAUUCUUGUUGCUCAAAAAUGGAAAUUAUAGGAAACUCCAUCAGUAUCGGACUGGCAGGUUAAACGCUUUGAGUAUAUAGAACUGGCCAAAAUGACUUGCAAAAUCCGAGAUCAAAAAGGGUCAAAGUUUGAGGAAGAAUGGGGGAAAUUUGUUGUGUAUAUAAGGUUAAAUUGCAGAGUCCAGAUGCCCGGAGAGUUCUUGAUGAGACGGCCAGAGAGAGGGCGAAGCUGCGAGGGGAACUUGAUGAGCUUGCCAAGAGGUGAGGGAAGCCAUGCUGCCAGGAUGCUUAGGAGUGAGCAUGUCUGGGCCGGAACACGUGUUGCGCACUACCUACUGUGGUGUGCUCUGUAUAUUCCCCAGAGGCUGGUUGGGGUACCUGAUUCUUCCCUCUGUGCAGGUGACCGGCAACAAGGCUGUCUAUGAGUCAGAGUUGGCGGAUAUCCAGAGAGUUAUUCGUGGGGAACUCCUUCAUUGCUUCUCCAUAGUGUAGAGUUGGAAGGGGACCCCCAAGGUCAUCCAGUCCACCCCCUGCAAUGCAGGAAUCUUUGCCCUGAGAUUCAGAGCCUCAAGGGCCACUGUGGUGACUUGUGUGCAGCAAUAAGGCUGCUGGCACAUUUGCCGAGCUAAGCAGGUCCAGCAUGGCUUCAAACUGGCAGGGCUGGGUGGCCCUCAGGGUCUCUUCCAACUCUACCAUUCUGCCACCUGAGCCCCUUCUCCUCUCUCUCCUGCCUUGCAGGAUCCAGGCAAACCUCCAGCGAAGCCCAAGGCAAAGAAGACCCCCGGGCGUUUAAAAUUUUAAACAACGUCCAAGGAAAAAACUGGUCUUACUGAGGCAUCUGAUCAAGACUUGUAUUUUAAAAUGAGCUUAAAAAAUAUAUUUGCAAAUGUUUGUAUGUUUCAUGCCAGACAUAAAGCAGCUGGCUGAGUACUCUGGCAGUUGUUUAUCUUCUUGAUCAAGGCCCCCUGAUCUAUAGCAGUACCUCAGGGUUGUAAAGGAAAUUACAGGCUGGGAGCAGAGGUCAUACUGACCAGACAAAUUACAGAAUACAAUCAAGCUGCAAAAACACUAAGAGUCGAGCCACAUCUUCCUAAGCUUAAAGGGCAAGAAUAGCAGCUGGCUUGAAAGGGGGGUGUAAAUUUAAGGGGUUGCUUUUGCAAACUGUUUUUACUAAGUUCCUUUUUACUUUGAAAAGGCGUUUUCUUCUAAAAAUCUAUAUAUGUUAUGUAUGAAAUAUAUUGGCUUAAAUGUAAUUAUGCAAAGGAUUUAGAAAGUAAGAAAUGUUAGAUUCUUAUGUUAGAUUCUUAUUUCAUUGAUGGUGUGUGAGAAGGUGAACCCAAGAUCUCUGUUUAAGAUAAAAAUUUAAAACCAUGAGCCAUCUGUUUUAGCCAUCUGUUUUGGAGUGAAUAGGGCAAUAGGGUAAAGAUGAUCUGAUAAUUAAGGUGCCUUGUCGAGGCAAAUGUAAGAUAUAUGGCUACUUGUCUGCCAUUUAUGGAUAGAAGGAAAUAUAGCUCUUUGUCUCCCAUAAAAGGUAAUAGGAAAUGGGUGUAUCUUUUAUGAUUGGUUCUAGCAAACAGCCAAUAGGAAUUUCAACCAGGCUGAUUGGACAGAGGCAGCCAAAGGAGGAGCAAGGGGGCUGGGCUGAGGGAAUAUAAGUGCUGGCCAUCAGGGCUGGAGUGGGCAGAGCUUUUGGUAACCAUAUACCACUGUGCCUAUCAUUUAUUUGUCUGACAAAUAAAUUAUUAUUUUAAUUUCUGUAUUGCUGCGUUGAAUAUUUCAUUCCAGCUAAGCGUUAACCACAAGCAGGGUGCUACAUUACGGCACACUGGUCUUACGGCAAAAACAGAAAUGAAACCAAGGGGGAGAGAGAUGAUCAAAAAAAGAAAAACACCUUUGAAAUAAAUGCACUUUACAGACAAGAGGACAUAGCUCAGGUAGUCAAGUAGAAUGAGCCUUGACCAUCCUGUAAAUAAAAGGCAGAAAAUUUUGUCUGCAAAUGGUAAGGCUGAAAUGACUGAGAAUGUUAAAGAUCCUAUGAAUUCUGACUCUGGCCAUUUUUUCCCAUAUAUAAGGGCGUGGCUGAUUGUUCCUUGAAUGACCAGAGGGAAAUCACACAAAAUGAUAGCCCACAUUUUUUAAUAAACACCUGCUCUCAAAUCCCUGUAAAUAAAGGAAGCGCUCCUUUGCUUGGGCUGCAGGAAAACAAUAUUGGCCAGAUGAGAAGGAAACAUGAUCCCUUAGAACUGAGUUAACAAAUUUAAUUUGACCAACUUCUAUUGCUAGCUUUUGUGAAUACUUGAAUUGCUGAGUUUCUUAUUUAUUUUUUUAAAUCUAACCCUAUUUUUAAAAUCUACUCCUUCCCCUUCCCUUCCUUUAUUCAAAUGGUAAUUUAGCCAAAAGAUGCAACAUUUUAAAGGGUAUAGAAGAUUUGCUGAGACACGAACUCUGCACAAGCACAGAGGUUAGGUCAGCUUAAAAAAAAUACACUAAAUACAUCAACAACAAACCAGACCCAACCACCAACCCACCCCCCAGGGUAAUGGGAGAGGAGCUAGGUGCUGCUCCUUAUAUACUACACCCAAUUGCUGACACAGCUUGAUGAACCCAACUCAGCAGCACCUGCUAUGUUUCACAGCGGUAAAGCUGGGUCUCGUUAUUUUGCUCUGGCCCCUUAAAGACAUACACAUCGGGUGGAACAAUGAUGAACCUUUACAUUUCAAGAAACCAUUCAACACACUCUCCCUCCACCAGUUUGUGUCUCUCUCCCUGAGGGACUGCGCAUACACAGCUGGAGACUGCGCCUGCAUGGAAACGUCCUCUGCUCCUCCCUUGUCAGUCCCUCCUGGUUCUGGGAGACAAGUGGUGCAGGAGAGGGUGUCCCUUCCCUUGCCUAGUCUGCCUCCUGCUCCUCUUCCUCCAGCUCUGAAGCUUCCCUUGCCUCUGACCCUUGCCUCCUGGCUGCUACAGGUCUCCACAAAUCGCUGCUCCCCUCUCCCGAGUCAGACCUCAUUCAAACGAAAUGAACCCGCAGACUCCUGAUGGGAAAGAAGCCCGGUGGGUGCUUACUUCCCACCUGGACUCUUGACAGUCCCCUUCAAUUUGUGUUUAAGAAACGUUUUUCCUGUGUUUAAAUUGGCCUUAGGUAACAUCCAGCAGCUGCUUACCUUAAAUGUGCCAUCUAAAAUAAAAAUGCAAGCUUGCUUCAAAAUUUUAAAUCUAAGAAAGCCAUGUUGGGCCUUAUCAAUCUUAAACAAGACAAAAAUGAGAAUGAAGUGUGCAAAUGUUUGUUAUUUGAGAAAGGCUCCAAAGAGUCUUCCUCCAAGUGGUAGGAAGAAAAGAAAAAUCCUGUAUAUGUGCUUGUGUUCUGAAAGGAGGAUUACCCCACCUCUUCCCUCUAUAGCUGAAGUGAGGAGGGUCUGAUGGUAGAUGAUGUUUCGCUGCAACUUUUGAGUUUGUGAGUCUAUUUCGGAAUGUGCUGCAAAGUUAACCUAAUGUUUCUGCUGCAAAAGCCUAGUUGAGCACAAUGCUCUCUCAAGCUAAAAUGCAGUGUAUGUAUUUCAUUAAGCAUAUGCCUAGGAAAAUAUGGUGUUCCUUCUAAGAAAAUUUGUUAUUAAAAGGUAGAAGCUUCCAUAGUCAGCGAUUGUCUGAGUCCUGAUAUCAGUCUCUAUAAGACUUCUUGGCCUCUUUUCUUAGAAAAUGCCCCCCCCUGCUUCAGUCUCUUUCAGUUUUUCCCCCUUCCUACUUCUGUGCCUUACUUCAGGUGCUGCUGAGUUGUGUUCAUCAAGGUGUGUCAGCAAUUGGGUCUAGUAUAUAACCCUAACCCUGACGGGGGGGGGGGGUUGGGGGGAGAAAGUUUUUAUUUUUUAAAAAAAAAAUUGAUUGAUUGAAUUGAUUUUGUUAUGUAAGCCUUUUUUCAGAAACCAUAUAUAUUAAUGUUAUGUAGUUAUGCACUGUAAUAUGAAUGAAUUGUGUUUUGUAUUCUUUGUCUUAUAGAAUAUAUAUAAUAAUGUUAUGUUACAAAGCAAAUUUACGGUAAUAAAACAGGUUAAAAUUUUUAUUUUUAAAAAAAGGUGAAAGAUUGUGAGAAGGAAAGCUCCCAGGGGAGAGCUGGGAAGGCCACCCGCUUUUUGUGUGAGACAAGAGUUAAGGGUUGAUUUUGAGAAAGGACACUGAUUUCUUUUCCCUUUCUGUUUUGUUUUUAUUUAGAUUACGUUCUUUUAUCUUAAUGUAUUUUUUAAAACUGUAGCCUUUUAGGCCCUUUAAACCAUGGGCAGGAAAAUUGGUUGCACCCGAGCAGAGACAAAAGGAGCCAAAUGACACCAAGGGGUUAAAUCCAGAGAAAAAGCGUUUUAUUCUGACAUGGGGGGGGGCAGAGGCACCUGUGUGAUUCAGUUCACAAAAGACAGGCCGCAGCAAAAAGCAUUUUACAUCAGGUUUUUAUCCUGUUCCCCAAACCCCUUCUUCCCUCUCCCCAUCACAGAUUUUGCAUAGAAAUGUUGCUUUUCGUUCUCUGGCUCUGUUCCGGAAGUAUGUUGCAAGUCAAUGUACCAGGACAAGGUUAUCUUGGAUCUGGGAAGCGAAAAGCUUUACUGUUCUCAGCUCUAGGUUUGUUACAGCGUUUUUCGUUACAGAGAGGAAUGAAUGCUUAGCUAAUUUUUUUUGUCUUAGAGGAAAAUGCAGUUUUAAAAAUGCUUGAAGCGAGGCCUGGCUGGGGGGGAAUUCACAAACAGUUUUAGGGCUUUCUGGGGUAACCUAACUGUGCCCCUUCAAAACUACUAUUAAAAUCUUAUUUUUUAAAAAAAGGAAGGCGGGAUCCCAUCAGAGGACUGACUUGGAAGGACCUGGCAAGUAACAUGUGCAUCAUUUUUAAAGUGCAUGUUUCUUUGUUUUAAGCGCAGAAAACCUCGUUCUUCCUCCAACCAAUAUCUGAUCUGAGUCGCAGGCAGUGCAAGGCAGAGGGCAAAGUAUUUGGAGCCUCAUUCCAGGUUUGCAGAAAGCAAGACCUUGAUAUGCUAAGCAUCUGGCAGCUGACCAGAGCAGAAUUUCACUUUCAGAUGCAGCAGCAAACCACUGAGCGAGCGCAGGAUUUUAAAAGCUCAUAUCCAGGACAGUAAAAAUGGCACUCGCCACAAGCAGAGCAGCCAAACUUACACACCAGGGAGAAGUCAAUGGUUUGUCAGCAACUCAGUUUUAUUCAGAGGAGACCCACAACCAAAGUCAGCCGUGUCUUUUACUUUCAGUGAGUCUACUCUAAGCAACACUAACCCUGGAUAAACCCUAGCGUCCAUGCUCCAUUGUCUUGCAACUUUACCUCCAAGCAGAGAAUGUUUCAUUCAACGUGGAUUCCUGAAAAAACCCCGGAGAUCUGCACCCACUGGGUCCCAAAUCUAUUCCCCAUGUCAGCAUGAAGGCUGGCUAACGAACUCACCAAGAGCUUGUGAGAACUUUGGUCCUAACUUCAUGUCACACGCAAAGGUGUGCAGCAAACAGUUCCAGAGAGCCACACCUUCUGCAGGGAAGCAGCUCCUGGGGUGGGGGUGUAAUUUGGAGCAAAAAACAGUGUAUGUGUGGGCUGGUGGGCUCUUAGCAUCCUUUUCUCCAGCCUGCUCCCCCCCCCCCAGAUUCUUUCCACAAUAUUUAAGGAGAGGGAAUGCUUUCCUGCUGGAAAGCAGCAGGCAGGGAAAGCAGAUAGCCUCAAGACCAGCCUUGGGAAGCCUGCAGCCUGGGGUCCAAAUUCAGCCCUCCAGAUCUCUCUGUGUCCCUUGAGAAUCUCUCCUGGGUGGAAAGCAUCCUCACACUGUGAGAAUGCCUUCCCUGCACAAAGGGUGGGGAAGGAGUGUGUGCACAUGUGUGUGCAGCAAUCUCUGAUGUGUGGGUGGCCAGCCCUCCCACCACAGGCGGCUCCCUCAGAAGGUGGUUCGUGGCCUGAAAAGGGUUUUCCACCCUGCUUCCUUGGACUCUGCAGCUGGUGGGCAGGGGCAAGCACAUCACAGUAGGUAGUGUGCAACAUGUGCUCUGGCCCAGACACGCUCACUCCUAAGGAAUGCGGCCAAGUUGCCUGAAGGAUGGCUAACUUUGCUAUUUACAAAGAAUGGCACGUGGUCAGGUGCUGGAGCGGGGGGCCAGCAAGUGGAGAAUGUUGGCUAUUUGCAGGUUAGCAGCGCGGCAGAGAGCUUGCUGGGGAGACCAUGCAUGACAAGGAACUAAAAAAUAACUUUAACAAGGUUUUAAUAACAAAAACAAAAACUCCUUUUACACUAAAGAUAACAACAACAAACCAGACCCAACCACCAACCCAUCCCCCAAGGUGAUGAGAGAGCUAGGCGCUGCUCUUUAUAUACUAUACCCAACUGCUGACACAGCUUGAUUAACACAACUCAGCAGCACCUGCUAUGUUUCACAGCUGCAAGACUGGGUCCCGUUAUUUGCCCUGGCCCUUAAAGACAUACACAACUUGUGAAGCAAUAAUGAACCUUUACAUUUUACAGUGACGCUGAUUCCUGAAGUGUCUGUGGGCCAGAUUGAGAAGUCGAUUGGGCUGGAUCUGGCCCCCUGGCCUUAGGUUGCCAACCCCUGGCCAGGAAUGAUGGCAGCUGUUGUUUGUAGCUGAACAACAAAGGUUGUUAGAGGCCCAAAGGUUCCCCCCUCCUGCCCUACCCAGCGGGAGGCCUGGCCAUAAUGGAGAUAGGUCUGGAAGCAUCUCUAUACAUCAGGGAUGGGGACUCCAACUUGCCUCUGCUCCAACAAGCAUGGCCAACGGGUAGGGAUGAUGGGAGUUGUAGUCCAGUAACAUUUACUUAAAUGGUGUAGUGCCGAGAGACUACCAAGCCGCGGUCUGUUGGGGACCAGGAGGGUGGAGACUGUCAGUCUUUGUGGGCCAGAGGCAGGUUCGGGGUCCGAAACAGGGAAGGACCACAGCAGGUCAGGGCUGUAGCUCAGCGGUGGAGCAAAAGGUCCCUGGUUCAGUCCUGGCAUCCCCAGGAAUUAGCACAGAUAACAGGUGAAAGUGUGUUAUAUUUGGGGCAACUACUUUGCUAUAUAUAUAUAUAUAUAUAUAUAUAUAUAUAGUAUAUUAAGGGGAAGUGCCUACACAAAUGUAUGUUUUCUGAGAAAUAGGCACUAAGAUUCUGAUGAACUUUCACGAGGACUUUUAUUUUAAAAAUUGCCAGCUGAUGUGGAAGUGAGGAGAGCCGAUCUUAAAAGAUUGGGGGGAGGACACAUGGGCUGCCCCCCAAUAAAAAAAAUACAUGGCUAACUGAGGUUCUGCCCCGCCCCCAACAAAAGGCCUGUCCCCACUAACAAAGGCCUGAUCCCUAACAAAAAUCCUGGCUACAUCUAUGGGGAGGGGGAAUAAAAAACUGAGAAAUAGAGAUUGUCAGAUCUGCUCAACCCUAUGCAAUAUUUUUCCCACCUGAGGGCAAAGCCUCAUAAGGCUACAGUCAUAAGGCCAUACGGUUAUUAUGGUUGGGAGAUUUUUAUCUAGGGAUUUUCUAAUAUAGCUUGUGGAAAUUGUAGUUAAAUAUGCUAGCAAAAGAAUAGGUGUUAUAUGCUUUUGCAGAAAUUGCAGUUAAGAAGAACAGCAAAAAGAACAAAUAUAUGCCUCAGUGAAAUAGAGAACAUGGCUUUAUUGCUAAAAACCACAUGUAGAGGGGUGAAAACAUAAUGCCAAAUAAGGAAAAUCACAAAUAUGAGAGAUGGUCGCCAGAUUCAGAGGAAUGGGAAAAGGGGAACAGAGGUGGGGAGUUUAAUAUUGUACUAGGCGGACGUGACAGGUUGUGACCCCUGGACAGGAGGGGAAUUUUGCCCUCGGAGAGAGCAGAAAAGCUUCUGCGAUGAUUUUCGGGUGUGCCUGCCUUGGUCACCCAUCUUGCAAGUAUGUUUUUGUGAUCACUCAAAUAAAUGUAUGCUGCUUCAUCAAUUUUGCUUAGAAUUUAUUUCAGGGGACCAGUGUUUUUAUAUCUAGCAACUGUCUCUCAAGACAGGCAGAUGCCAACAACCUAUAAGCAAACAUGUCCAAAAUUCUGUGCAUGUUCUUCUCCGCUUUUCUUUCUCUCCUCUGGGCUCUUGUGUUCAGCCAUCAGCCUCAGGGGAAAUGGACAAACUCUCCACCAAAGGACAGAUCCGGAACCCGUUUGUGGUGUCGCCUCAGAACCCCUUGAGAAAGCAAGAAAACCAGGUUGCGCACAGCAAAUUCCGGAGCUCAAUGGCCCCCUUCUUCGAAUUCUCUCCUGCCUGA